AUCAUUUUCAAAGUAGAAAAUUUGUUAUUGCAUACAUGGUAAUGUAGAAUAGAACGAAUAACAUCACAUUAACUGUGUCUUUAUCACAAAUCGCUGUACCAAUUUGAUGUGUCGUAUCAUCGUAAUUUUCGUGCAUUUCAUUUUGGUCGUCAAGUUCGUAAUGGCUAGUAAAACAAACCAUAAGUUAUCAUCACUUACGUAUUCUAUGUGUGUAUGAUUUAAUCGCGUCUGCUGCUUUGCUAGAAACCUGACUUGUGUCAACAAAAAUAGUUGAUGUUUGUUCGAUAGGCUUGCAAUGAACCAAAAAUAUACAUGAAAUAUUUUCAAAUAUGCAAAAUAUCGCAAAUAUUAUAGAAUAAACUGUUCGUAGUAACCAUAAUAGUUCGCAUUGUAGUUCGAAUAUUCCACGUAUUUUAACAGUUGAAGAAGAAACAAUAACAUCACUGGAAUAUCGAUCAAAUAUACUGAAUAUUGGGCAUUUUAAUGACAUAUUUGGAAAUCCCAUACAUCUGCCCUUCGUGUUUGUCUUUGUAUACAAUUUUAAUCAUUUGUUUACGAUUGGAGUGUCUAUAAAAAGAAGCGAAACACUGGAGAAGAAAUUAUUUGUGAUUGAAUACAUGAACUAAUCAGUUGGGUUCUUUUCGAAGCAAAACACAUCACCUGCUAUUGAGAUCAUUUCAGAAAAAAUGAAACGACUGAUAAUUGCGUUUGCGAUUUUGUUCGCCGUUGCCACAGAUGCAAACGAGCUCGCCAGGGGAAUUUCCACGUUUACAUCGAACUUGUAUCAGCAAUGUGCCAAAUCAACCAGUGGAAAUGUGAUCGUCUCUCCAUUCUCCGUGACAAACGCACUGGCACUUUUGUCACAAGCAACUGAUGGGAACACGUUACAAGAAAUAAAACGCGGACUUCAUUUUAAUGGCGACAAAUCAGCGAUUGCCAGCGAAUUCCAAGCACACUAUGGCCUGCUCAAAACUGGCGCUGGGAAAGCCAAUCUAUCGAUUGUCAAUCAAAUUUAUGUGCAACAAGGUCACGAAAUCAAUAAGAAUUUCGGACAAGUUGCCGUUGAAAAGUUUCGGUCGGGCGUUGAGUCGGUGAAUUUUGCGAAAAAUGUUGAAACCGCUGCGAUAAUCAAUCACUUUGUGGAGGAGAAAACCAACGGAAGAAUCAAAAAGCUAUUCACACCGGAAGCACUGAGCGCUGAUUCUCGCGUCGUUUUGGUGAACGCCGUUCAUUUCAAAGGCGAUUGGGAAACCAAAUUCUACGAAAGCGAAACUUAUAAAGGCAAAUUUUACACAAGUCAAACGGACAGUGUCGAUGUGGAUUUUAUGAACAUUGAUACAUAUUUCAAAUACGCUAGUUUACCGGACUUGGAUGCCACUGCUCUUCAAAUGAAAUAUGCCGAUUCCGAACUUUCAAUGAUUUUCAUUCUGCCAAACAGUCGAACAGGAUUGUCUGCGUUGGAAGACAAAUUGAAAAACUAUGAUCUCGGAUCAGUUACAGAUAAAAUGCAAGAGAGAAAAGUUGAAGUUUCAAUUCCAAAAUUCACCGUUGAAUUCGAAACGAAUCUCAAUGAUGCUUUGAAAAAUUUGGGAAUGGGUGAGAUGUUCUCGGAUAACGCUGAUUUGAGUGGCCUUUUACAAUCUGGGGAGUCGCUAAAAGUGUCCGAUGUCGUUCACAAGGCCUUCAUUACAGUGUACGAAGGAGGCUCAGAGGCUGCUGCUGCUACAGGUUUGAGGAUAAUUCCAUUGAGUCUCGAAUUGAAUAUGCCGAAAUUCCUCGCUGAUCAUAAUUUUAUGUACUACAUCUGGGAUAACAAAAGCAAAACGACGAUUUUCAUAGGACGACUUACCAACUUUUAAUUGAGACGAAUCGCCCGUUUGAAAAAUUGGUUUAUUUUUGUGUUUCGAGAAAUACAUUCGUUUGAUAAAUGAUUGAGGUUAAA